AUGAAGUUCCUCAGCAUCCUCCUCAUCGCCGGCUCUGCCUUGGCCGCAGCUGUUCCUAUCCAAGAAAUGGCUCGCGACGCGGAAAGCACCCAAGCAGCAACCUACAAAGACCAGGGCAAAUGCGUCGGAAGUUCAUGUCUGAUCAACGGCCGAAACGAAUUCUGCGACUAUGGAAGCUGCUCUGGACACAGCGGAGCAGCGUGCGGAACCGGAUUUGAGAAUUCCGGUGUGCAGUGCCCGCGGUAGAUGGUGAUUACUAUUAUAUUGGGGGUGGUUUAUAUUAUUGUGGAGGAUGAAAUAAUGUCUAUUUUAUGAGGAAUGAUUUAUUACGAGUUAUGUCUAUAUUCAUAUAGAAUGAAUACUUUACUAUCCUUUUCUCCUGUAGACUGUCGCUCUGAAAUGUGGAUAGGUUAUAGAACCGAC